AUGGCUCUUGUCAAAGUCCAGGCUCUCACAUCACAUGCUUAUCUCGCUUUCUUCGAUUCUCAUUAUGCUCUCACUGAACUUACUCCUUCCUUCCUCGACCUUCCUCGCACGCUUCUAAACUUGCCUAACCUGUCAGUCGAACUCACUCACCACCGCAUUGUACAAAUUUGUUGGCAACAUCGUGAACGUGGUUCCGUUGUCAACAACCAUGCCGUCAUCUCCUCUGCUGUUCACCCUCGACAGCAUAUUCGGCGCCAAGAUAGUCCUCUCCCCUACAUAUAUCCCGACGAAUCCAAUGCAGUAGAAAUAAGGAUGUUUCGGGGAAGAGGACUAUCCUGGCGCCGAAUAUGUGUGCCGAGGGUGAACAGCAGAGAGGAUGACAACGUGGUUGUUGACAAUGGAACUAUAUUCACGAUGUUGCCGACGAGUUUGUAUAAUGCGGUGGUGAGUGAGUUCGACUGA